AUGGUUAAAUACCCGAAAUAUGGAGUUACAGGUGCCAAAAUUGUUCUGGAAACAAAUAUUUAUGUGUUAGUAGUUUAUUUGACCCAACUGAACAAAACACUUAACGGCGGCUCUUCAAACGAUACGGGAGAGAUGGCGAAGAAGUGCUAUGAUGUGCUGUUCAAAUUACUGUUGAUCGGGGAUUCUGGUGUCGGGAAAACCUGUCUGCUCAUUCGUUAUGUUGAAGACUCUUUCACGUCAACCUUUAUCUCAACUAUAGGGAUCGAUUUCAAGAUUAAAACUAUCGAGUUAGAGGGAAAGAGAAUAAAGCUUCAGAUAUGGGACACAGCAGGUCAGGAACGCUUUCAAACGAUCACUGCAUCUUAUUAUCGUGGGGCAAUGGGGAUUAUGCUAAUAUAUGAUAUUACUAGUCGCAAAACAUUUGAUAAUAUACAACGGUGGAUGGGAAAUAUUCAGUCUCUGGCAUCAGAGGAUGUUGAAAAGUUGGUGGUUGCCAACAAGUGUGAUGUAACUGAUCGUCGUGUGGUGUUGUAUGAAGAGGGUUCGCAAAAGGCAGAAGAACACGGGUUUCUUGAGACCAGUGCCAAAACUGGAGAGAAUGUCAGCAAAGCAUUCGAGGAGUUAACUCUUGCCAUCCUUCGUAAAACAUCCGCGCGUGGACAUGAAGCGUCAACAGUUACCCAGGGUCACCGGUUAGUCGACUCCUCAGAUUCAACGUCUGUGACAUGUUUUCUCCUCCAAAUACUGACUUAUUUAUAG